GCAGCCACGCGGAGCUGGAAAUCCUGCAGAACGGCUGCGGCGUGCGGUGCAAGCAAAAAUCUUCGAGUUUCAGAAGGACCAAAAAAAGGUCAGAGUCCGACAACCCGAUCCGCCAGCGCAGCUUCAAAAACAAGAAGGGAAAGCGAGAUCGUCAUCGGCUGAAGCAUGCACAACGGGAACGACGCACCUGCCACCGCGCCAUCCACCAAGAGAAUGUCCUUUGCCGCCCCCUCCGAAAUAUGAGGCGGGGCAGGACGCUGUCCGAGGAGACGCCACCUUCUUGGGAGAUGAGCCACAAACCCCCCGUCUUCAUGAAGGCCUCUCAGCGAAAACGUCAGAAGAGCAUAUUCUCGGUCUCGGAGCAGGCCAGGGUUGGGCACGAAGUUCC